AUGACCAACGGUGCGGAGCAUCCCAGGAAACAGCAGCGUUCUGACCUCAACGUGCCACUGGAGAACAACAAUGUCCCGGAGGAAACAAAGAAGGCUGCAUCUUUCCCCAGCUUUGUUGAUGUUCCGGGGCCCUGUGAGCCAGAAGAUCUUAUUGAUGGCAUCAUCUUUGCUGCUAACUACCUGGGCUCCACCCAGCUGCUCUCUGAGAGGAACCCGUCCAAGAACAUCCGCAUGAUGCAGGCCCAGGAGGCUGUCAGCCGGGUCAAGAGGGUUCAGAAGGCUGCCAAAAUCAAGAAAAAGGCGAGCCCAGAGGGGGACGCACAGACACUGACAGAGGUGGACCUUUUCAUCUCCACCCAGAGGAUCAAAGUGCUCAACGCAGACACACAGGAAACUAUGAUGGACAACGCCCUGCGCACCAUCUCCUACAUAGCUGACAUUGGGAACAUCGUGGUGCUGAUGGCGAGGCGCCGCAUGCCGCGCACAGCCUCCCAGGACUGCAUCGAGACCACACCCGGAGCCCCAGAGGCCAAGAAACAGUACCGGAUGAUCUGCCACGUCUUUGAGUCUGAGGACGCCCAGCUCAUAGCCCAGUCGAUUGGGCAGUCAUUUAGCGUGGCUUACCAGGAGUUCUUGAGGGCUAACGGCAUCAACCCAGAGGACCUGAGUCAGAAGGAGUACAGUGACAUCAUUAACACGCAGGAGAUGUACAACGAUGACCUCAUCCACUUCUCAAACUCUGAGAACUGCAAAGAGCUGCAGCUGGAGAAGCAUAAGGGAGAGAUCUUGGGCGUGGUCAUAGUGGAGUCUGGCUGGGGCUCCAUCCUACCCACGGUCAUCCUGGCCAACAUGAUGAACGGUGGGCCGGCCGCCCGCUCCGGGAAGCUCAGCAUCGGAGACCAGAUCAUGUCCAUCAACAACACCAGCCUGGUGGGGCUGCCGCUUGCCACCUGUCAGGGAAUCAUCAAGGGCCUGAAGAACCAGGUGCAGGUGAAGCUGAACAUUGUGAGCUGUCCCCCUGUCACCACCGUGCUCAUCAAGAGGCCAGACCUCAAGUACCAGCUGGGCUUCAGCGUCCAGAAUGGGAUUAUCUGCAGCCUGAUGCGUGGGGGUAUUGCUGAGCGGGGGGGUGUCCGGGUUGGCCACCGCAUCAUUGAGAUCAAUGGCCAAAGCGUGGUGGCUACAGCGCAUGAGAAGAUUGUCCAAGCCCUCUCAAACUCUGUGGGCGAGAUCCACAUGAAGACAAUGCCAGCGGCCAUGUUCAGACUCUUAACAGGACAGGAGACUCCUAUGUAUAUAUAAACCAAGGACAGAUCCCAUUUUCCUCCACAGAGGAGCUGUAAGCAGCGGUUGUUUACAGUCCAGUUGGAGAGCUCUGGGUAGACAAGACUAGCAGACUAAUGAGUGUAUGAGGAUGGCAAGUGAGCCAGAGUGAUUACCUUUCUUACUUUUGUGUCAAUGACUUAUCCUUUUCUGAGCUAACAUUCAUCCAACUGAUACUCCCGAUAUUUUGCUGAUGUUAAUACUAAAGAGGGUCAUCUGGGCAGAAGGUGUUUACGUUAUUUAUUUGUGUUGUUUGUGAUGUUUUUUUGAUGCAUCACAAUGUAUUUUUUAUAUUCACAUCAAUGUAAUAUUGUACCUGCAUAUUGUUUCAUUUACUUUUCUUUGUUUUUAAUUUUCAUGUAAAUACAUAUUUUGCUAAUGUGUCUGAAGUAAUGGGGAAGGGUCAUGGUUGCUUUGUAAAUAUUUAUUGACUUUUCCUGCUGGUUUGAUAGCAGGGAAGAGAGUCCUUGACCGCUAAAGGACGAUUGAAAUCCUGUUGUCAAUAUAGUUUAGAUGGACAAUGAAAGGGUAUUUGGGAGUGACUUGGGUAAUAUAAUUUAGUUUAUAUACAGUACCAGUCAAAAGUUUGAACACACCUACUCAUUCAAGGGUUUUUCUUUAUUUUCGCUAUU